GUCAUUGACGUAUCGUGGUACCUCCAUUCCCACAUCCUUCGAUACACUUGACAGCACAUAUCAAACAACAAUGAGCUCUCUCGCCUCCUGCAUUUUCUGCAAGAUCAUCAAGGGAGAAAUCCCUUCGAUGAAGCUGAUUGAGACCGACACGAUCCUUGCGUUCAUGGACAUUGGCCCCAUUGCUCGUGGCCACUGCCUUGUCAUUCCCAAGUACCAUGCCGCCAAGCUCACCGACCUACCCGAUGACCAGAUGGGUGACAUUCUGCCCGCCCUCAAGAAGCUGGCCAAGGCAACGGGUGCGGAGAACUACAACAUUCUUCAGAACAAUGGUCGCCCUGCUCACCAGGAGGUCGACCAUGUGCACUUCCAUGUCAUCCCCAAGCCUGCUGACCGCGGCGACCAGGAGGGCCUUGUCGUUGGCUGGCCCACGCAGGGUCUCUCUCGCGAGGAAAUCCAGAAGAAGUUCGAGGAGAUGAAGGCUCUCCUUCAGUAG